GGAGUUGAGCAUUUCACCAAGCAGAAGACGUACUGCCCACGCCGGACUGGAGAGAUGUUGUACGAGUUGCAAAGGGCGGGGGUAAUACUUAGAGAUGCCAUCUCGCGGCGCCUGGCUUCAGUACGCGGAGAGGGUGGAGGGUGUUAUGGCUGCGGACGACCUCCGUCAUUACAUGGAGGCGGAGGGGGGCAAAGAGGAGGAGCGUACGACGCCGGAGACACCUUCACGUGCUGGAGGGGCGGAUGCAUCGCUUACCGGAGGGGCAGAUGGUGGCGAUACAUGUGGGGGGACGAUCAACCUGGACGACGAUUUGGAUGCAGCUCGUCAGCGUGGCGGCGGGUCACGAAGCGGCACUCAGCCUGCGGGUUUUCAGGAUGCGCCACCCGUGGAUGACGGCUUUUGGAGUGGCGAGAGGACGGUGAUAAACGCCAUGGGUCCCGUUUACGCGUUCCUCGGGGAUCUUGACAGGGACGGCUCAUCACCCACUGGCCUGUGGGAUUUGGAGGCCAUCCUCCGGCAGAGACUUCGUUCACUACGGCUGUCGGACUUUGACAGGGACGUGGUGAUGACCAUCGUGAGGGAUCGGUGCGCGAUGAUGCGGCAGCGUGCUCAUGCAGCUGCUUACCUGCUGGAUCCGCGGCGGCGCGACAUUUCAUUGCUUGAGGAUCGUAGCAGGUCUGUUGUGAAGUCGGCGCUAGAGCACUUUGCUCGCAUUCUCCUCAGUGCGAGCAAGCGGAUGGACGGCAGGUACGUGGACAUCUGGGCGGACCAAGUUGAGGAGGAGGAGGUCGCUUUGGACGAGGACGACGCCAUCCCUGCAGAUGUGCCGCAGGAGGAGGCCGAGGCGAUUGAGAGGAGCAACAGGAGGAAGGAGGGUCGCAAUCGAGCUGGUAAGGGCAAGGCACCGGCAGUGGACUCAAAGGACGAGGAGGACGACAUGUUUGAUGACCUCGUGUGGAUGCACCAAGGGAUCAGGAACGAGGCAGAGGCAAAGAGGGGGGCUGGGAUGAUUCUUCCAGAGGAUCAGCACGACUUGCUGGACGAGUUGGGGGGACACGAUCCGCACGACGACUUCGACGCCUACGUUGGUGGCACCAUGCACACCGUGGUGUCCAUGCGCAAGAGGGUUGGCGGCGAGGUUGAUAUGGAGGAGUUGCUGGCCCGUACUGGUGUUGUCGACCCCUCUUCUGUCGCCCCAGCGACACAUACGUCCCAGCCCCCCAUGGAGCACGGGGUCGAUACAGACACGCAGGCGGAGAGGGAGAGGAGGGUGCCUCAGCGUCCUGAGGUUCCGCGACAUGAGAGGGACAAGCAUAGGGUGGAGCAGUUGCCACGGCAGGUCGUUGUGGAGCAGGUGGCACAUCAGUUUGCAGAGGCAGAGCACGCCUCUCAGAUCAUCUCUCAGUCAGUUGGGCUGCUUGGCUCACUCCGUCCGCAUGCCGCCACAGGUUCACGUGCAGUGGUGCAGUCGUGUGAGCAACGCGUGCAGGAGAGGGUGGACCCGGGAGCACCAUCGACCUUACAGCACGAGCCCCUGGAGCGGCGACAUCGACCAGGACUUGAGCAGCGGGUGGAGCAGACGGCGGAUCGUACAGUGCACAACACAGCGGAUGACAGGUCGGAGUGCAGGGUAGAGCCGAGGGUUGAGCAGAGAGCGGGGCAGAGGGUGGAGCAGCGGGUGGAUCAGAGGAUGAGGGACGUGGUAGAGGUUACAGUUGAUGUGACCUUGGACCAGGCCAGGGAUCGAAGGAUGGAGGAGAUUACCCGUGGGCGGCCGGUGAUUGCCACUCUGGCGAGAGCGUCAUCCGCGACGAUGUGACAUGCAGGCAUACGGAGCAGAGGUUGCAUAGGGACAGUGCUGCUGAAAAUCGACGUAGUUUGGAUGGGAUUCGCAGAGGUGGAGGCGACAGUGCACGACGUGCUGACACGGGCAUUCCACCAUCG